AUGCCAGUUGCCAUAGUGACUGUGGAUGUCCCCACAGCCGCAUAUACACAAGUGAGUGAACAACAACAACAACAACAACAGCAGCAGAGGCGAAAUGCCCCACAAGCGGCGGUAUCGUCCAAUAUGCCCAAAACAAAUAAUAAUAAUAAUAAUAAUAAUAAUAAUAAUAAUCAUCAUCAUCAUCAACAGACAUUCGGGCGUACACUCACACCGGCGGAAACGGCAACGCGGUCGGACGAGGAAGCACCCAUAAAAUUCACACGUGCAAACAGCUGGAGUGAAUCCUCCGCAAUAAAUGAUGCGGCAAAAACUUCGACACCUACAGUAACAGUAACAACAACAACAACAACAACAACGAACAUCAAUAAAAUACGCAGUCAAAUUGCUGUGGAGCAGAAGACCCAUUCUUUUUCCAACCCCAUGUUAAAAGAACAAGGUGUGAAGCCCAAGCAGCGCGACGGUAAUGAAGCUCCUCCUCGGACUAACAAAACAACAACGACAACAGAUGCAAACCCCGGCAAUUCUACAUUCAACAAUAAGAACGAGAAUAGUGGUUGUAGUAAUGUGUGUGUGCAGAUGUUACUGACAAGCCGUGCGGAUCUGCUUGACUGCGCUGAUCGACAACUCCCUACAUUGCCGUGUUUACAUAAUCCACUCACACGACUCCAACACGGUAGUGGAAAUGAUGUACGAUGGCGAGUGCGAAUGCUGCGACUUUCACGAAACAACCUCACAUCACUGGAGGUUCCCGCAGUCACAACACUCCCCGCAGCGCAGCCACUUGCACUUGCCGCCUUUUCACGAGUAGUGAUGCUUGACGUUACGCGAAAUAAAAUCACUUCACUUGCCGGUGUGGAAGCAAUGGCAUCAUUGCGGGUCUUACUUGCCUCACACAAUCAACUCGAAGAUCUCGCCCCACUCUUUAGUGUCUCCUCUCUUCUACAGCAGAAUGGUACGUUGGAGGUACUGGACGUCAGUUUCAAUCACAUUCGUGAUAUUCUCCCUACUACUACUACUACUACUACUACUACUACUACUACUACUACCACACCGAAUAGUACUACGAAUAGUGUCCUAACUAGAUCUCUUGAUAGAAACACUGAGGAUGAUUCCACAGAAGCUAGUAAUAGUUUAGAAUCAUCACCAGUGGCAGCAGCAGCAGCAGCAGCACCAGCAGUAAUGCCACUACGCCGACUGCGCACAUUAAAUCUCUCCUUUAAUCACCUUCAACAAUUGGACAGUGUUAACAUGCUCUUUCCCGAUCUAGAGGAACUCCGCGUGGUAAGGAAUCAACUCACGACACUGCCCUCAUCAUUCCCUCGACGUCUAUCUAUUCUUAUACUUCAGCAGAACUACCUGACUGAGGAUGCCCGUCGCUGUGCGAUGGAACUUCCGCAGCGGAUGCGGACCAUUAAAGAAGUAGACGUUAGUAAACAGCGAACUAAACCGAAGAGUCCACCCAUAUUUAGUGGUUUUUUCGGUGGUGAGAAACCUGAGAAGAUUGAUAUUACUAUUGAUAGUAAUCAGAAUCAUAAUAAUAAUAGUGGUACUAGUAGUAAUAGUGAUAGUAGGAGAAACAGUAGUAGUAGUAGUACUAGUAAUAGUAAAAAUGAUGAUGAUAAGGAUGAGAAGAAUGAAGAGUCAGAAGAAAAAUUAGAAGAGAUAGAAGCCGAAGAAGGACAAACUGGUGAUGAUGAGAAUGAGGAUAGUGGUAAUCAUAUGAUAGAUACCCAAACUACUUUUGGGACGCUGAAUAGUGUGAAGAUAGUUAAGCAACAGAAACAAAAUGAUCAGAAGGAGCAGUUGCAACAAGAGGAAGAAAAACAACCACUAGUUUUCUCUCCUCUUAUGCAAAACCAUUUGCAGGAUCUAGUCUCCACUUCAUCUAUAGUAUCAACAAUAACUGCAGGGGGAAAUUCUUUUUGGACCACCUGCGGUAAUUCCUUGGAAUGCCUCCCUCCACACGUAUUGGGAAUCCUUGCACGUCUUGUUGCCUCCGCAUCUCUGCGACCUUCUAAGAGAAUGUUGGAUUCGUACGUUCUCUCCUUUGCAGACUCUUCAGAUGCCUUUGGAGUACUUGCACAUAUGCAGAAAUUUCUCCGUAAUGACUUUCAUCCACCUCGCGUGGGUCUCACCGCGGCGGAUGUCAAUCAAGCGGACGCAGUUGCGCAGCGAAGAAGUCUCGUGGCCGCGUGUAUAGCCAGAAGUGGUGGAGUGAUGCCGUUAAAUCGAUUGUUGUUGAAAUCCGGAGAUGGUCCAUGGUUGUUGGAUAUGUUAACGCAGAUGGAGCAGCAACAACAGCUCGCUUGGGAUUCUUCUCUACACACUGAUCAAAAGAAAGAAGAAGAAGAAGAUGAUGAAAAAAAAGAAAAAGAAAAGGAAGCAUUUCACUCUGAGUUCACAUUAAAGUUCCCCGCACCGCGUGGGAAGUUACGCCGGCAUGGCGGUGUGUAUGGACGCAAUUGGUUAAUUAAUGAACUCAAGGCGCCGCUGCGGUGGAGCAACACCCAACAGUGGCACAGUGUGCAUGGCUGCUGCGCCCUUCAACACACCAGACAAGAGAGAAUUGACAGACGUAGAAAAGCACCAGUCGUUGAAAGUGAAGUGGGGGAGUCAAUGGAGAGUCCCGCUUCGGAAACACUUCAAUCUUGUUAA